AAAGUAGGUAAAAAGGAAAUUUCAAAAAGACUUAAACCCUCUUGAGUCUUGUCCCAUUUUCAAGCUUCCAAUUUUCUUCUCCGAAAGAAAGGAAAGAGAAUGGGGAGAAGAGGAUCAGGCACCAGCAGCAAUGCCUCUGCCAGCGAGAGAGUUCCUCUGCUGAAUCAAGAGGCAUAUAGCAAGCGAAAUGAUGUUCCAUCUUCUAAUGGUCCUACGACGGAUCUUGAACAUGGUGAAGUCCAGGCUGCCCAUGUUGGAUUUUGCAGAGUACUUCUACUGGCAAAACCAGAUGCAGGGAAGUUGAUUGUUGCUACUAUUGCCUUGCUCAUAGCGUCCACAUCAAAUCUUCUGAUUCCAAAAUUUGGUGGAAAGAUAAUGGACAUCGUGUCGAGAGAUCUCAGUACACCCGAACAGCAAAUGUUAGCUGUACAUGAUGUCAAUGGCACCAUUUUGGAAAUUGUGGCGGUAGUUAUCGUAGGUUCAAUUUGCGCAGCACUACGGGCAUGGUUGUUUUCUUCCGCGAGUGAAAGGGUCGUUGCUCGAUUGAGAAAAAACUUAUUCAGUCACCUUAUUAACCAAGAAAUAGCUUUCUUCGAUGUGACUCGAACUGGGGAGCUCCUAAGUAGGCUAUCUGAAGAUACGCAGAUCAUAAAAAAUGCUGCAACCACUAAUCUGUCUGAAGCCCUUCGUAAUCUUACUACUGCAAUUAUCGGUCUUGGCUUCAUGUUUACAACAUCAUGGAAAUUAACAUUGUUGGCACUGGUUGUUGUGCCACCUAUUUCUGUUGGUGUCCGUAAAUUUGGACGUUUCCUUCGUGAGCUUUCCCAUAAGACGCAAGCUGCGGCUGCUGUGGCUGCAUCAAUUGCUGAGGAAUCUUUUGGCGCUAUACGCACAGUGAGGUCAUUUGCUCAAGAGGAUUAUGAAAUUUCACGCUACUCUGAGAAAGUAGACGAGACCUUGAUGCUUGGACUGAAACAAGCUAAAGUUAUUGGUGUUUUCUCUGGAGGAUUAAAUGCAGCAUCCACAUUGUCGGUUGUUGUCGUAGUGAUUUAUGGAGCUAAUUUGACAAUUAAAGGCGCCAUGACCACUGGUGCUCUGACCUCAUUCAUUCUUUAUAGCCUGACAGUUGGUUCCUCGGUAUCUGGUCUAUCAGGAUUAUACACUACUGCAAUGAAAGCUGCAGGGGCAAGCAGGAGAGUUUUUCAGCUUUUAGAUCGUGUCUCAUCCAUGUCGAAACCAGGGAAUAAGUGUCCUUUGGGGUUAGUUGAUCGGAACACACAUCUGGCUUUAGUUGUCUUUUCAGUACAUUGGGGAAUUGGGACUACAAAUCCCAUACUCUUACCGGUGAUGGUGUGUUUUUGUGGCAGUGAUCAAGAUGGAGAAGUGGAAAUCGAUGAUGUCUGGUUUGCUUAUCCUUCUCGUCCUAACCAUAUGGUACUUAAGGGAAUAACAUUAAAACUGAGACCUGGAUCGAAGGUUGCUCUUGUGGGUCCCAGUGGCGGUGGAAAAACUACAAUAGCGAACUUGAUUGAGAGAUUCUAUGACCCUCUCAAGGGAAAGAUUUUACUAAAUGGGGUCCCACUAGUGGAAAUAUCACAUCAACAUCUCCAUAAGAAGAUCAGCAUAGUAAGCCAAGAACCUAUUCUUUUCAACUGUUCAGUAGAAGAAAACAUAGCUUAUGGAUUUGAUGGCAAAGCCAGCUAUGCUGAAAUAGAAAAUGCAGCUAAAAUGGCCAAUGCGCAUGAAUUCGUAUCAAAAUUCUCAGACAAAUACAAAACCCAUGUCGGAGAACGUGGGGUAAGGCUGUCGGGAGGCCAGAAACAGAGGAUUGCGAUUGCAAGAGCCUUAUUGAUGAACCCGAGGGUUCUCCUAUUGGAUGAAGCCACAAGCGCUCUUGACGCCGAGAGCGAAUACCUGGUUCAGGAUGCCAUGGAUUCGCUGAUGAAGGGCAGGACCGUUCUUGUGAUAGCACACAGGCUUUCGACUGUUAAAAGUGCAGACACAGUUGCUGUCAUAUCCGAUGGUCAAAUAGCCGAGAGUGGGAGCCAUGAUGAGCUCCUCGACAAGAAUGGCAUCUAUACAGCACUGGUAAGGAGGCAAUUACAGGGGCCAAAGACUGAAAGUUAAGUAGGAGGGGUCCAAACAGCUUCAAGAGUGAAGUUUAGCAGCACUAUAAUUAGCAGACUCCACAUUGCUAAUGAAUUCCGAUUACUUGAUGUGAUUGGUGCCAAAUGUAUGUUGGAAUAUCAUCUAAAGUUUUUAGUUUCUGAUUGGAAAAAAAAAAGGAAAAGAAAGAAAGAAAAGGUUCUUACUUUCUGAUUCCAUGGCGCAAGCUAAAAUAAUGGCCCAUUGUUGUACGAUUUUGAUCAGUGAGCUCCAGUUGGCUGCAUUCAUGUUUUCUUUUGCCUGUACUUUCUUCCACAGUUCUAAAACUCAUUGGCUUGACUUGAAACUCAGUCGAGUUGGCUAUGGGAUUGUGAGCCAAAUCAAAGGGACACUCUGUAAGUUCUAUGUUUGGGAUGGACGAUUUCCUCUAAUUUUUUUUUAAAAAUUUUUGUGGAUGUUGGAAACUGUACUUUCUUCCUUGUUGUAGAACUUGUUGACUUGACUGGAAAGUGGGCCGAGAUGACUGAUGGGAUUCCAGCCGAGUCGAAGGGAGAUGUGCCCAUAAGUUGUAUGGUUUUGAUUGAAAUUUUCCUCUACUUGGCCCCUCU